AUGUCUUGGUUUAUUUCGUUAUUCAUCGCAGUUGUACUACCUUUAGUAACCAGUGAAGUAGUAGGAUCGGAAGGGACUUGUGUGGUUCUAAACUUUGAAAAUGGUUUGGAAGAUUUCGAUGACUCCAUCGAUCAGUGUGAACCUCUACCAGGCGAAUGGGAAGUUGGUCAUUAUGAAGAUAUUAAUAUAGAGCCUCCGCAUGAGUCUAGCACUACGUUUAUAACACCAAAUGGAUUAUCGUGUACGUCAUCAUAUGAGUUUACAAUUAAUGCUACAGGGAACCUGGAAGUUACUUUUUAUAUGUCAACUCAGUUGCCACAUGAAUUUCUGACAGUUAUUGUGAAUGAGAUACAAAACACGGGACAAAUAGGGCAAAAUGCUAGAACGUUCACAGCGACCGAACCUGGCGUUAAUAACAAUGCUUGGAACACAAUGACAUUUCUGAUGGGUAACAAUGGCACCUACACAGGUUUUGUAUCAAUUAUGAGUUCCAAAAAUUCUGGUUCAGAAAUCCUAUUGGACAACUUCCGUUACAUACCUCCUGAAAUUGAAGAAACUCACGAGGACUGUGUUAUUUAUGACCAAAACACUACGACAGAGCCUGGCGACGGCUCUACGACAGAAUCUGGUGACGGUACUACGACAGAGCCCGGUGACGACUCUACGACAGGGUCUGGUGACGGCACUACGACAGGGUCUGAUGACGACACUACGACAGGGUCUGGUGACGGCACUACGACUGAGUCUGAUGACGGCACUGCCACAGAGUCUGGCGACGGUACUACGACAGAAUCUGGUAACGGUACUACGACAGAGUCCGGUGACGACUCUACGACAGGGUCUGGUGACGGCACUACGACAGGAUCUGGUGACGGCACUACGACAGGGUCUGGUGACGGCACUACGACUGAGUCUGAUGACGGCACUGCCACAGAGUCUGGCGACGGCACUACCACAGAGUCUGAUGAAGAUAAAACGACAGAACCUUAUACAACUACCACGGAGACGACUGUAGAACCCGAAGAUCCAGACGAGAAGGCUGACAGCUUUUGGAACCCGUUAACCAUAACCAUGACCGUAGUAUUGAUAAUCAUACCCCUAGUCGGUAUAUCGGUAUGCUUAUAUGAAAAAAGAAAACGAGUACCUGUAAAUGAACCUAUGUUUGAUGAUCCCAUUAAACUGACACCGACAAUUGUACCGAGAGUAAAAAAAGUGUAAUAUUUGUAAUUAAUAUGUAGAUAAGGAUAGUAGUUAUGAAUAGUUUAAAAUAAUUUUAACAGUCCCAAAACUCCGAUGCCCCAGCACGCGGCCUGCACAAGGAGAAUAACUUAAAAACAACCAGAAAUAUACUCACUUACAGUAUUUGAAAUAAAGACAAACUGAUAGUACCAAAAAGUGACUUAGAACCCAAGUUAGAAUUUGAAAAAAAAAAUUUAAAUAAGGUUGACGAAUAUUUUGAACUUAUUCAUUCUAAAAAAUGCUCAUUAUUUUAUGACAUUUAAUGUAUCUAUCGAUAAUUUAUUAAGCGAUUUAUUUCAUAACAAUACAUUAUUAUUAUUAAAUUAUUAUUUUCAUUGUGUGUGUGUGUGUGGGUGUGUGUGUGUGUGUGUGUGUGUGUGU